GCGAAAUUCAUGGAAGAGCAAACAAGAAAAUUUAUCUGUGCCCGACCACGGCUCUGUCGGCAAACGCGAAACCAACAUUACAGUAACGUUUUAGGUCACACAUCGAUGUGAGGCAGCGAACGCAGCAUGGGCGUAGCAGACGACUUGGACAACAUGUCGGAAAAGUUUCUGGAACGACUGGAGGCCGAUGCGGUUAUGCCGCUGGUCGAAGCGAAAGACAAGUUGCCCACGGGCAAAAUUGUCGUCGACCUCGCUUUCCAGCAGGAUUCGCACAACAUCAGUACCGCGGAGCCGAGCCGGGAUCACAGCAGCACCGAAAACUUCGCCACCACCAGCGUCAGCGAAGAAGAGCGACCGCUUUCCGCGAGUCUGGCGAGACACCGUGCGUUGCUGCAGCAGGUAUUCUUGAUGGUCUCUUUUUUUGACCAGCUAAAUGAAUUAAUUUCGUUUUCUGCUCACAGCGUCUCGACAAGAAGACAGAGGCGUGAAGAAGAUAACUUAAGUUACUUCGCGUUCUUGUUGAUACAGUGGUGGCUGACCGUUUUCACGCCUUACUUGUGUAGGUAAGUACCGAGCGGAAGGAACACAACUUGCAUCUGCUGGGUGAGCAAAAGAAGCAAAUGCGGAAAGAAGCGGAGCAAACGAAAGCGGCAUCGAGCGCGAGCAGUGAGCAAGCGAGGGCCAAGCUGCAGCGGUCCGCGAAGCUCGACCCGGACCACAUGCGCAGCACGAUGCGACGCAGCGACUCUUUCACUACCUUGAUCGAAGAAGCGGAGCAGCAGGCAUCCUCGUCGCAGCAUUUAAGCCAACAACCGGCAUCGAGCCAGCACCCUUCUGUUGCGCAGACUGCGUCGUCUUCUUCCUCGGCGCAACCGCACGGAACCACGUCACGUUCCUCUGCGCAGGCAACAGCACUGACCUCCUCGCAAACCCAGCCGAUGGACCCAGCGGAUGCCGUGCUCCAGAAGAUUCUCGGAAAGCAGUCAGCAACGCUCCAGGAGGGCUUUCUGCACGAGGACACCGGCACGGGUAUCAACAACCACACCUGGUCCAAUUUCACGCCGCAAGAUGAUCUGCCGACCGGGCCGCCCACGGCGGCGCAGCAGCAACAAGACCGGUUUCAGGCGACGGUAAACUCAUCCUCCUCCACGGACAUCAUGACCACGCAGCGCUCGCCCCAGUUCGACCAGAUCCAGUUGGCACAGAGCGUCGAGAACGCAAAUUUGAAAAAGAUGCUGUCCACGCCGAGAACGCUGCAGGCCUGCAAGGAGCUCGGGAUCGUGCCCAGCGAGCUACACAUCCGGCAGGUGACGGAUUUCGCGAAGGUCGCGGACAAGGGCAGCGAUUCCAAGGAGAAAAUGAGAAUCCGUUUUCAGCAUUUCGAAACGAAACGCCAGGAAAAGCUGCGCCUGGUGUUGGAAGCGAGGUCAAAAAUCAUCGCGCGAGAAUUCGAAAAACUGGGCGCACCGGAGAGCGGAAAUUUCUACUCUCUACAGCUCAUGGAAGAUAUUCUCGAUCAGGAAGCAAAACGGCUGGCGAAAAAAUUGAAGUAUUUUGUUUUGUCUUUAGGGCUGAAAGUUAGUAUACCUCUACGACGGUGCGUACGUGUAUGUCGGCGUAAGCAGAAGAUGAAGUUGGAGUUGCAUUUCAUCGCAUGCAUACUGAAAACGAAAACGUCUUUCUCGCGCUUAGCAGUCAAGUAAACUAAAGCUUGUGCUCUGUUACCACUACUAGGUGCAUUGAAUAAAGUAGAGGUACUUCUUUUCCGCACCCCACAAACAGGCAAGAGGUUCGCCUUCACGCAGCGGUCGAACGGGAGAACGAGGAGCAGCUGCUCCGAGAGAAGCAGGUGCGCGAGCGCGAGCACGUCCGCUUGCAGAAGAGGCAGAUUGCGGAACAGAAGCGGCUGCACGAGGCCGCCGAGAUACGGCAGCGCGUAUUGCAAAAGCAGGAACAGACCAAACAGGUGAAGUCUGGACUGGAGGAGUACGAGAAGGCGCGACAAGCGCAAAUCCUAGCUGUGCAGUUUGAGGACGAGAUUCGGGUUCGCGAGUGGCAGCAGCAGAAGCAGAUCGAGCAGGCCGUGAAGUCCGAGCAGUGGCAACAGCGGCAGGAGCUCAUUCAGCAGCGGCAGCUGGAAGAGCAGUUGCAGAACGAAAUCAAGGCGGAACAUUUCGCGCUGCGGUACGACGAAAAGCUCGACGCCUUCGAGGAGCGAAAGGCGGAGGAGCGCAAGCAAAACAUGGUCCGGCACGAGGCGGAUCACUUAAAGAUUGUGGACGCUGUGGAACGGCGGGAGCGAAUGCAGCGCAUCGACAUGCACCGCCGCGAAAAGGUCGGCGAGCAGAUCGCCGAACAGCAAACUCGGAUUGACAGCUUGAUGCACCUGAAAAAACAGCUUCUGGAGCAACGGAGACAGCGCAGUCGUAUCAAUUUUUUUACAGUGCGACAAGGAUUCUCGAAAAGUAAGCACAAACGCCCAACCAUAAUUCAGCAUUAAUUAAACCUGACUGCUUUUUCAUGAUGUUGAUGUGAUGUCUUCUGUGAUGUGGCUAGUAUGAAGUAGUAGCUAGUGUGUUCGGCGGUUGACGUGCUGCGAAAUGCACGACGAGCUGCACCAUUUUUACGUCUUGGUCUUUAGGUCUGCAAGAUGCGAAGUCUGCGAGCGUAAAGGGACUGAACAUUCGUCAUGUCGAGCCCGGGCCUGGAGCGUACGACAUUCCAGGAACGCUUUCGUCGCAAGGUGUUGGGAAGAUCCCAGAACCAAAACAGCUGAAACCGGUAGAGGGAUCCAUAGCAGCUCAGGUACGCUUUCCGCAGAGGCUGAGUGUUGGUUCUGAAAUUGCCAAGUGUGAAAGAAGAUUCCAGUGUCGCAUGAUGCUGCAGCACAUUGCUGAACAAUUGCUUUUGAUUUAAUGAAACGAAUGGCUUGAACCAGGUUGCCCGUGCGAGGGAUAACCCGCCUCCCGGUUCGUAUGACCCACGGAUUCUGCCUUCGGGAGAAAAAACUCUGGCCGAUAAGCCGAUGUCACUAGGAACGCGUCACAGCGGUGGAUCCUUCGCGGACCAGGCGCUGAAAAGAAAUCGGGACAAGCCCGGCCCUAUCAACUGUAAAAAUGUCUGGGUCUGGAAGAUUCUGCGAUUUGUCAUGCAUGUUUUGCAUGACCCAGGAUGUCUGUAAUGCACGACCGCGCAUCACAGAUUUUGAGCUGGCUUCCUGAUGCCUCCUCCGCAUGACAAACGCCCUCGUCCCCGCGUAGCACAAACUAGACCCCUCUUGCUGGUCAUGCAAUACAGAUUUUUCUAGAGUCCAAAGUUAGCAUCACGAGUUCCAAUCUUCCAGACCCAGACAUUUUUACAUUUGAUAGGCCCUGGAACUUACAACGUGUCGGGAAAUUUCAAACUGAAUCACGUCGCAAACAUGGGAAAAUCGUAAGCAAGCAAACUUUCGUGAUGCAACUAUGGUUCGUCUCGCAGAGAACGCGAUCGCGAAAAAUGUUAGUACCAUGUCCGCUUUUUUGAUACCUGGUGUGUGUCGCGUAAAAAAACCCAUGAUCAAGAAAGCUAGACUUUCAUUUCAAGGUGGAGCAAAUGAAUUUUCCCACGCUCCUUCACAGCGCCGACGUUACUCUCUACCACCAGUCGCAGAGUGGAUCGAAUGUGCCUACUUGGAUUGGGAAAGUGGACCGGGACAUUCCAGGCCCCGGGUCCUACGCUGUCGACGAGUAUACGCGAUCGCAGCGAAAUGCUAAAGUAAUGUCAACGAUGCCAACGUUCCAGGUUUCCACGAUGUCUACCGGCGCCGCGGGGAAAAAAAUGUGA